AGUGAGGCCGGCGCCCACAAGUGCUCCAGGGCCAGGGGCAGUGUUGCUCCUUCUGCUAUGUCUGCUUUUGCCUCCUCCUCCUUUUCCUGGUCCUGCUUCCUCUUCCUCCAGCUACGUCAUCUUCUUCCUCCUCCUCUUCUUCCUCACUUUUUCCCUCUCCCUCUCCUGGCACUCACGCUCCCUUCGUGCACCCCUCCAAGUUUGCAAGACAAGCAUGCAGCAGCCCAACUUGUAACUGGGGGCUCCCCCAAGGCCUCAUUGGAGGGGGACCCCACCAAGGUAUGUGUGUGUGUGGAUGCCUUUUUCUCAGAGCGCAAAUAGGGGCAGGGAGAAGCUACCUUUCACCUUAAUUGCUGCGUCUCCAAGGGAAUCCCUCUCUCGUUUGCACCGCUUAAAGACGGCUGGGAUCCGUUGCACUUCAGCUGGAGUUUUUUUGCUUUUGUUUUGAUGCUUGAGGAUGCCUCAUGUGGUUUGGCAACAUCCUGCCUGCUUUUCAUAGUUUGGUUUAGGGUGUGUGUUUGUGUGUGUAUUUAUUUAAAGGACUUUCAUUGCUUGGUCCAAGCCUUUGCAAACUGAGGCGACUGCAUGCUUUGGGUUACUUUGCAAAGAGGCAUUGUGCUAUGCCGAGUUGGUUUGGUUUUUUAAAUGGUUUUUUCAGCACUUCCUCCUGCUAUCUCUUCUCCUCUUUUUCCUCACUUUCCUCCUCUCCCCGUCCUGGCACCCCAACAAGGUUCAUGCUCCUUUCUUCCUUGCAGCUUUCCAAGUUUGCAAUCCAAGCGUGUGCCAACCUGGCUUGGAAUGGGGGAGGGGAGAAGCUACCUCUCCCCUCUUAAGUGCUGUGUCUCCAAGGGUAUCUUUUCUUUUUCGAUGGUUUUCUCAGCCCUUUUCAACCCUUUCUUUUUCAGCACUUCCCCAACGUGCUGGGGCUUCGGUUUGUUUUGCUGGAAGGCUGAGUUAGAAUUGUCUCUUCUCCCCCACCUUCCUUCCCACUUCCUUAGAAGUAGAAAGUCACAGGUCUAAUCUGGAAGGGAAACACUGUGCUGAACCAUUGAAAAUUGACAUUGCAGGUGGUGGUCUCUUCAUCGUCUUUCUGCUUCUCUGGGUCUUUGAUUGGGGUUUUCUUCUGGAGCAGAAGCAGAGAGCCUCUUCCAGUGAAGAUUUCUCUGGGUCUUCUAAUUUUCUUCCAAAGCAGAAGAAAAAAACCCUCUUCCGGUGAAGACUUUUCCAUGUCUUUAUUCUGAUUUUCUCCUGGAGCAAAACAGCCCUUUCUAGUGAAGUGUUCCCUAUGUGUUUAUUCUGAUUUUCUUCUGGAGCAAAAUCAUCUGGUGGCAGUCCUUAAGUCAGAAUCCCACACUUAUUUUAGUCUGUGCGUGGCCCACCCACUAUUUAAUUUACCACUUCUGCUUGUGCCUCUUUCCCAAACUAUACACUUGUCUUAGUCUCAGUCACACACAAACACACACACACACAUCAGUAUGGGUUUCAAUUUUUUUUACUACCGGUUCUGUGGGCGUGGCUUGGUAGGCAUGGCAUGACUUGAUGGGCGUGGCUUGGUAGGCAUGGCAGGGGAAGGAUACUGUAAAAUCUCCAUUCCCUCCCCAAUCCAGGAGAAGGUUACUGCAAAAUCCCCAUUUCCUCCCGAUCAGCUGGGACCUGGGAGGCAGAGAAUAGAUGGAGGUGGUGCCAGUCAGAAUUUUUACUACCGGUUCUCCGAACUACUCAAAAUUUCCAAUACCGGUUCUCCAGAACUGGACCGAACCUGCUGAAACACACCUCUCUCUCUCUCUCUCUCUCUCACACACACACACACACACACCUGUCCAUGGAAAAAUUGUUUUCCGUGAAACCGAUCCCUGGUGCUAAAAAGGUUGGGGACCUCUGAAUUAGACCAUGCAGGAUCCCUACAGAAGAGCCCUUUUAAGGAUUAUGUAUUAAGAGAAUAGCAACUAACUUAGCUCACUUCCUAAAUGGUAACGGUGUUGCACAUAAAAAACAGAGGAGCUCUAUCAACUAUCACAGCCACCAUUUUAACAGUUUUGCUGUACUGUUGUCUGUGGACGCCCCGACUAAAUGCAAACACGGCAUAAAUUAAGGCUGUUUUGUUCUCAGUCUUUUAAGUGGCCACAAAGUACUAGCAAAAGUGGCAUUUGAUCACAAGGCAAGGAGGCAUCGAGAAAUGUUUCCCCUUUUGCAUUUGAGCAUCCAAGAAGGGACAGGAAAGCAGAAAGGAGACAGGGAAAGAGGAAAGACAAAGAAAAAGAAGGAAGGAGGGAAGAGAGCAAGGAAGGGAAAAAAAGGAAAGAGGGGAAGGAAGAAAAAAGAAAGAAAAAUGAAGAGGGAAGAAAAAAGAAGAAAAGGAGAAAAAAAGGAAGAGAGGGAGAUUAUAAUGAGAAGGAGGGAGGAGGGUCUGAGGGAAGUCCUGCCUUAGCACUUAGCCACCAGCAGCCCUACUGCCUUUUCGCCAUCCCCUUGCCCCCUCUUCCUGACCUCUCCUCGUGGUCUCCCAUCCUAUUUCUGAGGAUGCUUUGGUUACUUUGUCUCCUCACAAGGAGAGGGAGUGGGGCUCCCUCUGACCCACACACUUUGCCCUCCUGCACACACCAUGAGCAACCUGGCCAAGGAGAGCGAGCACAGCAGCAGCAGCCUCGAGGAGAAGAGCAAAUGACUUUGUGGCUGCAUAAGACUAUGGAACUGAGUCCUCAGAGAGAGAUCCCUAUUCGAUCAGGAUAACUAUAGCAUUGUUUUGAUAAGCUUCUGAAAAUGCCUUGCCAGCCGACUGCAAAGGAAGCAGAAUUAUUGCUUUCUGGUGGCAUUUAGUCAUUUAUCUCAAACCAGCGCAGAGGGAAGUCUGCUUGAGAGAAAUCAAGGGAAAUCGUCUGACACGGCUCCGGAGAUAUUUCUGGAAAAAUGGCCAAGUUCCUACCAGUUCUGCUGUUUGCAACCCAGCUUUCGUUGACAGCAGCUUUAUUCAGGGUGAGUGUUAUUCAGCCUCAUUAUUCUGCAGAAUAUGGAAGCAACGUGACUAUGGGAUGUCGCUUUCCAACUGAUAAUUCCUUGAAUCUGACACAACUGAAUAUCUUCUGGCAGCAAAAACUGUCAGACGAAGCCAAGGAAGUUUACAAGCUCCAAAAUGGGCGCGAAGACCUGUCAGGGCAACACCAACAUUUUCAAGGAAGAGCUACAUUAUUAUAUGAGGAAUUGAAAAGGGGCUAUUCUAUGCUACAUAUCACCCAUCUAAGGAUCACAGAUGCUGGAUAUUACCUUUGCGUUGUCAACUAUCGUGAAGCUGAUCACAAGUACAUUGACUUGAAAAUUGAAGCGCCUUACAAGAGGAUAAACAUCCAAGAAAGAAAAGAAGAAGACAACCACAUCUUAACUUGUCAGGCAGAAGGAUACCCCCUGGCUGAUGUUCUUUGGCUUUAUGAAAACAGAAUCAAUGACACGAUAUAUGCAAACACUACACAUAAGCUGACAGACACAGGACUUUUCAACAUAACCAGUGUCUUGAGAAUCAAACCAAAUGCUCCUGGAAAUUACAGCUGCAUAUUCCAAAAUAAGGAAUUGAGGCAAACCUCAGCUCACAGAACAGUAUUUCUAAUAGGUCAAAGAAAUGGAUCAGGCACUGGGAAAAAUUCCAUGAUCUUGUUUAUCCCAACAAUUUUGUAUAGUGCUAUGAUUUUAUUUACUAUCACUAAAAUCUAAGGGGGGGAAAUUAAUACAUUUGCACACCUAGAAAGAAGAAGAUCUGGAGCAUCAAAUCAAGAAUAAAGUUUGAUGACUGAUGCAGAUGGAGAAGCCUGAGCAAAUACAAGAAGCAGUUCUUCUUUGUUGUUUGAUCCUCCAUUGAUCCGAUUCCUCCUCUUAGAAACUUCUUUAAGGAAGUUGGACGCUGUAAUUAAUGCUGAUCUCUCUGGUUUUCGUAUGUCCAUUGAUCAUUCCAAAUACUUGUGAAAAAUGUGCAGGUUAGAGAUUCGGGAUUUGCUUAUUUUCAAGACUCCCUGCAGCUUCCAGUUAUAGCCUCAUACAGAACAGGUGAUAUAUACAGUAAGAAAACAUUCUUCUUGUUGCAACACAAACUCCAGCCCUUAUGGGCUUGUGUGUGAUGUCAUGAUUUAAAUAAAAAGGUAGGGCUUAUCCUCUACUAUUGCAAUGAACAUUUCCUUAUGUUGGCACCUUUGUGGCUAGCUGCAGGUGCCUUUGGUCUGACUUCACAUUUUUGCUAUAGAAAUGUUCUUUCUGAAAGCUAGCUCCACCAUUGGUUAUUGCACAGCAGCAUCUCAAUCAACAGAUGAUGAGGUCCUAGGAAACAGUUGUGUGGAAUAGGGCUCCUCCCUUGUAAGACAACCUGAUAUUCUCAAGCAUUAAGGAGAAUGUUGUCCUGUUACUAUUAAAUUAAAAUUUAGCUAUUAUUGUACAGUAGUUGGCUUCUGGAUGGGUAUGAAGAGUAGUGAUUCCAUUUUGUCCUGUCCGGUGCUCUUAUGAAACAUUGUAACUAACAUUUUAAAUAUAUUUAUAAACUAUUGUAAUGUAGCAUGUGCAAAGUAUGAGUUACAAAUCAGAUAAGUGCCAUUUCAAACCUUCUGCAACUAUAGACAAGCUUCUUGUAUGCUAAUGUCAUUCUGGAUCUUUUCAAUUAUGAUAAAAAAACUUUAUUGUGGAGAUGAUGUUAUGCUAUAAAUGCUACAAAUAUACAAUCAAUUGGAAUAAUCUCAUAAGUGCCAAAUGGUAAUAACACUUGUUUUUACUUUUUGUUUAGUCUAUUAAAGAAUUAUUAUAGAUAAUCAUUUCUAGGAAAAGUAUCCUAUUCAGUAGAUUAGAAUAUUUAAUAAUGCAUAGUUCAGAUUAACGGGGAUAAUAUUAGGUAGUUGAAAAGCGCUAUGAAUCUGAGGAAGAUUAAAAGUAGCAAAAAUGAAUAUUGCCUCAAGACUGAUAAUACAUUAACCAGGAUGGUUUUUGUUGAUUCCACUGGAUAGUUUAGACAAAUUGAUUAUUGAUUUAGUUCCCGUUGAAUGGUAAAUAGGAUUUCCGUUUCAAACAUAUGAAAAUAGAAGCUCUAACUUUCCUGACUGCAAAUUAUAUAAUUCAGUGUCUAUAAUGCAUUCAGAUGAAAAUAAUACUGAAUAGAUCUGGCUCAUGGGCCAUUUGGAAAGUCAAGCUUUGGAACUGUUGAAAUCCUGUAUAUAUAUGUGGUUCCAACUAUGCAGGUAGUCCUCAACAUGUGAAUAUAAUGAAGCCUGCCCAUUAUGGUUAUAUAUUGUGAUUGACAAGUUGUCAUGUGACCGGUCCGAUUUUACAACUUUUUUUCAUGGUCAUUAAAUGAAUAUGACAGUAAGUAAUAAGUGCAAACCCAUUUUUCCGCCUAUGGCACAGUCUUGCUGAAAACCAGAAGUGCCAGUUUUUCAGCAAAAAUGUCAUAAAAUGUCACAUGACUGGGGGUGUUAACCGUGCCAUUUGGCACAUUCAACAAAAGAAAUCCCUGGCUCUUUAAGAGGGUAGCUUUUUUGAAAAAUCCAUCUAGGCAUGGCAGAAGCAAAGACAGUUCUGGGAUUUUCCUGCAAAAACCCACAUGGGUAACUCCCCUUUUCCCCUCUGAAUUAUGAACUCACAGUUCAUAAUUGACCAACUGAGUUCAGUUCUUUUGCUUUGGGGAAAGCUGUUUGCUUCAAUCAAAACAUUCUUCAUCAUUUGGCCUUUUUAGAUAAUGUCCCUCCGGCAACAGACGGUUCAUUUGUAUUCCAUAGCUUCCCAACACCCUUAGGAAUUCACCACUCACCACCACACUUUGACAAAGCUGCAAGCGAAAGCAGGUACAGGCGACUAUGGAGUCGAGUCAGGUUUGACAGUGGGAUGCUAUAAACAAUUAUAAAUUCAGUUGUGUUACCAAACACCCAGAGUCAUGUGAUUGCAAUUUCUGGCUUUUCUGCCAGUUUCUGGCAAGAAUGCCCAUUGGUGAAAAUGGGUUUGCUUAAUGACCAUGGGGUUUGCUUAGCAAUUGUUGCAAAAAAAAAAAAAAAAGUUGUAAAAUCAGGCACUGUCAUGUAGUAACCUACUUAACAAUCGCCAUGAUUUAUGACUGUAAUUCCAGGCUUAAUUACGGUUGUAAGUCAAGGGCUACUUGUAAUUAAAGUCCUUGUUAUAUUCUCAUUUUGUUCCAAAUGCUUUGCCAGCCUCCAAAGGCCCUGAUUUUUUAAUAUUAUAGGUUUUGAUCAAGAGUAAAAUCAUAGCUCAGUACCACCAAUAGUCUAAAACGUUUACAAAAAUAAAUUUGGAUAAUAUGAAAGAAAACUAGAUUAGAGAAUUCAAGUUUUCUUACUACAAAAUCAGUGGUUUCAGGUCUUAAUUUAUGUAAAAUAUGUGUUUUAUGAUUAAAGCCCUCCCCCCCUUUUUAGGUUUACUGGACUUCCUAAUGAAUGCUUAAAUAAUUCUGGUUACUGUCCUUAUGUUGCAGAUAGAAUGCACAUGCUUUGAUUCUAUUCGUUAGAAUUAUUUUAUUGGUUCUAUGUUUUUAAUGCAAUGAACCAGAGUUUGGGGAGGAGGUUAAAGACAUUGAUGUGCAAUUACUUUAUAUUUAAACAAUCUGGAAUUUUAUUUUAUUAUUUAUAAAAUUUAUUGGCUGCCUGUCUUACCAUAGGAUAACUCUGGGUGGCUUUCAGUUACAUAAAAUCUAAAACAUAAAAAGUUAGAAACAAAUAUUAAAAGCAAAAGCACACAUGGAGGAGGGGGUGGUGGAGGGGGGGGGGGGGAAGGUGGGAUCUGUUAUUACUCAAUCAACCACCCCCACUGGAGCCCCAAGCCAACUGGCACAGCCACAUCUUUAGGCCCAUACGAAAAGAUAGGAGGGUUGGGGCCCACCUCACAUUGGUGGGCAAAAUGUUCCAAAGGGCAGGAGCAACAGCAGAGAAAGCUUUCCUCCUGGAUCCUGCCAGCAGGAAUACUCGGCCCACAUGAGUAUUCGGGACCCACAGCAGGCCUCCUCUGCCAGCAUGAGUGGUACAGGCCAAUCCCAGUGGGGUGAGACGGUCCCUCAAUUUAUCCAUUUAUUAAGAGAUUUGGCUCUAUCGUGAUUAAAUAGUUGCCAAAAAGAUUAUGUGCUCAUGGAAAGACACCUAAAUACUAGAUACAAAAAAGUGGAUUAAAAAAAUGUUUUUGGUUUUAAAAAUGUAAACUAUUCAAUAAAAAUUAUUUUUUAAAAAAGUUAGCCUUUGAAACGGUUCUUUUAUCACAAAAAAAAACAAAAAAACAGUGGAUCAUGUGGUUCUGUGGUUCUGUGGGCAAAGGUUCACAACUUGAGUUACAGUAUUUUUUAUACAGAUCUAAUUAUUAUACUUAUAGCACUCUGGAAUAACUCAAAUUUUGUUUUUUUAUAAUAUUUGGUUUUUAUAUUUUUUGUUGGAUUUUUUUUUUAAGGUAAAAAGUUAGUGUUAUAAGAAAAGCAAUGAAAUGUAUUUAAAAAACCCAAACUUCCUGCUGUCUCUCAGCCUCAAUCUUUCUCUCUGUAUUUUGUACGCUUCAGUGAAAGUAAAACUAACUAUAAAACCCUGGGACUUUCUAAAUAUGUCACGCAUCCAUUGCAUGACUUGGACCUUGUGUUUGCUGAUCAGAUGAGCAGUCUGUUGAGUUUGCAGACCGUUGUAUUUGUUUCAUAAAAUUUAAUUCUGUUAGGGAGGUAGCCAUGAACUUCUUCACAUUAUAGAAGAAAUCACAAGGUAGCUGGAACCUUGUAACUUAACCCCUUCUUGGCAACUGCAGAUGUGACAAAUAUAUGAACAGGUAUAUUCCUGUAGAGUUUAUCCACAAAGUCGGUUUGAGUAGGCGAAAUGCUUCCCCUCUCAUGUGGAAUUUCAUAGGUAUACAAAUGUAUUCUAGUCUUCUAACCUAGUAAUGUGCCAACUACUGCUCUCAGCAGUUUACAAGACAGUUUUAAGAUUGAGGCAUUAAACACUGUUUUAACUGAGCUUUUGAUUUAAAAGACAAGCACCAUUAAUAAUGAAUAAAUCCAGUUUUUCAUGUGGCUCCUCGAAAAAAUUAAUUGCCCACCCCUGCUGCAGAGUGCAGCCACAGGGGCAUUUUAUAUGCAUUGUAUAUUUAAAAAUCUUUUUGACUUUUUAAAAUCAUACCCCGCAGAUACUUCUGGUGGCAACUGUAAGUGAAGCUCUUCAGAUGAUUCCAAGCAGCAUGGAAGCUCAAAUAAUAUUUGUACCAUAGGUCAUUGUUGAAAUGAAGGGUCCUUGGUGCUGUGAGCUUGGUGGUUUUCUGCAGAAGUUUCAUUA